AUGGACUUCCCAACCGUCAUCAAGUUCUUGAUUGGACUGACUGCUGGCCGUGCAUUGCACUGCUUCCUGGUCUCAUUAUACCGAGAAUUUCAGGCAGACACAGUUCUCGCGCGCCAGCAUGCUUGCGAGCCUCCCCCAGAGCUGCCCACUAGAUGGCCCCUUGGCCUUGAUCGUAUAAAGCAACUAUGGACGUCAAAUGCAGAAGGCCACCUCCUCGCAUUUCUGUGCUCCGUAGCAGAGGAAUACGAGCCCGGAAAUAGCUUGUCGCAAUAUUUAUUACUAGGACCGCGGGCAUUUCAUAUUCUGCGACCAGAGAAUGUAGAGGCAAUUCUCUCCACCCACUCUGAAGACUACGGCUUAGGUGCACGGCGGGAAGUCUUUGCGCCGUUACUAGGUAAUGGCAUUUUUACCCAAGAAGGGCCAGCAUGGAGGCAUUCGAGGGAUCUUCUUGGCAGACAAUUCUCUCGAAUCAAGAGUCGAAGCAUGGAGCAUCUCCACGAGCAUGUUGAUAAUCUAAUAGCCCGAGUGCCAUUGAACGCGGUGGUCGACCUUCAGCCACUAUUCUUCGACCUGACGCUUGACAUAACAACUUCACUUCUAUUCGGGAAAUCAGUGUACAGUUUAAAGGCAGACAUUAACCAAGAUUCGGACAACAAGCUAUUUACUGAAAGUUUUAACAUUGCCCAAGAAGGCCUGGCUAAGCGAUUUCGCCUAGCUCCAUUCCAUUGGUUAUACAAUCCACCAAAAUUUCGAAGAGCCUGUGCUGAUGUCCACCGAUUUGUGGAGCAUUAUAUUGAUGGCUUGAAGCUGGACCUUCCUGACGCAUUAAAUGAUGAGGCCUGCAGUUUUAUUAAACAGCUUGCCCAGGAGUCUAUAAGCAAAACAGACCUCCGUGAUCAAUUACUUAAUGUGCUUUGGGCUGGAAGAGACACCACGGCUUGCUGCCUCUCAUGGAUGCUACGCCUACUUAUCCGACACGAACACGUAAUGUAUCGUUUGCGAGAUGAAGUAUCUUCUAUUAUGGGACAGUCUCAAUACCCCUCGAGAGACCAGAUGGGGCGCAUACCAUACCUUAACUGUGUUAUCAGAGAAACGUUACGUCUUUACCCAUCCGUUCCUUUGAAUAAUCGCGAAGCUAAACAAACAACCAUCUUACCAACUGGGGGCGGCGAGAACGGACACAGUCCCAUUCUCGUGAGGAAAGGGGAGCUAGUCGCCUUUUCACAAUAUGUCAAUUCGCGAAAGAGAAACAUCUAUGGGCCUGAUGCGGACGUCUUCCGCCCAGAACGGUGGGAAACUGGCGAGCUGGGCCAGAUUGGAUGGGCAUAUUUUCCCUUCAAUGGCGGGCCAAGACAGUGCCUGAUAGAGACUUUGCUCUGA